GAUUUAAAAAAUAAAUAUUUUUUUUUUCCUUUUCUCCCAGAAAAAGUGAAUCCAAAUGCAUGAGGCUUCUGUGUUUGGUUGUUCAGAUUUGAUCCUUUCUAUUCCCUCUCUUCACACCUUGGAUCUGUGUCCUUUUCCGCCCUCUUUCUGUCAGCUUUCUCCAUAACACCCUUUUCGCUGCUUUGUUCCCUCAAAGAGCUUCACACUCAGCUGAAACCAAGAUCUAAUUUUGACUCUCACCCAUCGUCAUCCAUUUCAAAUCCCUCUCUGGGUCGAUUUUGAUUCCUCCAAAGGUGUUUUCCUCCGAGUGUGUGAAGGUUACGGUGAUGAAGGAGCGGCAAUGAGGUGGUUUGUGGCAGAGAAAUGGAGGUUAGAUCGGAGGGUGUUCAGGUGAGGUGCGAUAAGCUUCAAGCACCUGUGAUAGCGAGGACACGUUUGCGGGUUUGGUUUAUUCGAGUGUGUUCAAGCAUUGUGAUUUGGACAUGCCUCAUUCAGCUAUUUACAGUCACUGAACUGUGGCGUUCCAAUUUCAUUUCUGGAAUUACAAGUCGAAUAUAUCACACUAAUCAGCGUCCUUUCUUAGCAGAAACCACUGUUGCUCAAGCCCCUCCACCUUAUCCACCUCCAAGAAAUUAUACAAGUAAUGGAUUUCUAAGAGUGUCCUGCAAUGGGGGCUUAAAUCAAAUGCGUGCAGCGAUUUGUGACAUGGUAACAAUUGCUCGACUUUUGAAUCUCACAUUGGUUGUUCCAGAGCUAGAUAAGAAAUCUUUUUGGGCAGACCCUAGUAAUUUUGAAGACAUAUUUGAUGUCACACAUUUCAUCGGGUCUCUUAGAGAUGAAGUUCGAAUAGUGAAAAGAGUGCCGAAGAAGUUUAAUACUAAAAAUGGAUAUUCCACCCUUAAGAUGGCUCCUAUUAGCUGGUCCAAUGAAAAAUAUUACUUGGAGCAGAUUCUGCCACAUUUUAGCAAGCAUAAGGUGGUACACUUCAACAAAACAGAUGCACGCCUAGCAAACAAUGGUCUGCCAUUGGAUCUACAAAAACUUAGAUGUCGUGUUAAUUUCCAGGCACUUAAAUUCACUCCUGAAAUUGAGACUUUGGGGCAGAAAUUGAUUCGGAUUCUUCGUGAGAAGGGACCUUUUGUGGCAUUGCAUCUGAGAUAUGAGAUGGACAUGUUGGCUUUCUCAGGCUGUACUCAUGGUUGCAGUUAUGGGGAAGCCGAGGAGCUCAAGAGGAUGAGGUAUGCAUUCCCUUGGUGGAGAGAAAAGGAGAUAGUGUCUGAAGAGAGGAGAUUGCAGGGUCAAUGUCCCUUAACACCAGAGGAGACAGCCUUAGUUCUCCAAGCCUUAGGUUUUGAUAGAGACAUGCAGAUCUACAUUGCUGCCGGUGAGAUCUAUGGUGGCGAGCAUAGACUUGCACAACUGAGAGCUGCAUUUCCAAAAAUUUUAAAAAAAGAAAUGAUGCUGGCCCAUGAUGAGUUGUGGCAGUUCCAAAAUCAUUCGUCACAGAUGGCAGCUUUGGAUUUUAUGGUUUCAGUAGCCAGUAACACCUUCAUUCCUACCUAUGAUGGGAACAUGGCAAAACUUGUCGAAGGCCAUCGCAGGUAUUUGGGUUUUGAAAAAUCCACCCUUCCAUUUGAUGAGUUUUCAGAUGCAGUGAGACGGGUUCAUGAAAACAGAAUGGGGCAGCCAUUUCGUCGUAGGGUGUCAGACAAGCCAAAGGAGGAAGAUUACUUCUAUGCCAACCCUCAAGAGUGCCUCUGUGAGGGGACAAAAUGCGAUGACCUGUUAGGCCCUCGCAAUUCCAGUGAAGUCAGAUGAGUACAGGCCGCCAGAUGUAGGAAUGCCAGCUGCACAACUAUGAGUUUGAACUUUGACAAAUGAACUUAAAAAGUUGCACAUUCACACAAGUUCCUCAAGUUCUGUGUUGAAGAAUCCAUAUCAUUGGCAUACUGUCUUAGAAAUUUUAUUAUGUACACAUGAUUUUGUAGGAAAGCACGGAAAAGAAAGUAUUAGCUUCUAAUUCUAUUGAGGUUUUGCAAAAGCUGUAUCUUGAUCUUUUCCCUUAAUUUUUUUACUCCAACCACAGACUCACAUCAAGCAUUGUAAAGUUCAUUCUCAUUACCAUCUUGACUAUAUUUAUAACCGGUAUAGAAGUGUAAUUCAAGCAUUA